UCCCACACACAUUCCCACCACCUUCUCUCCCACCUGUCACCCAAAUCCCAUCUUCUCUGCCCCAGUACCUGGAUGCUGUGGGCAAGAUGCCAACUAGUCUGUAGUCUACCUAACAGUGCCGCCCCCCACCCCUCCCGCUCUUCUCAGUCUUUGGAAUGGCUUCCUUUAAGAAGAUUUAUUGCUUUCUAGCUGACCCUCAUUUGUGGUUCAGGUGUCAGAGCUUUGACCCCACCAGGCCCUCUGUCUGCAAGCCUGCCUCUUCCCUGAGAUGAGAAUCCCCAGAUUUCGUUGGGAAAUCCCCCUUUGACGGCAAGUUUCCUGUUCUAGAAGUACCAGGCCCCACCAUGAGGCUCCAGCCCCUCGGGAGCCCCCGCGCUCCCCUGGCCCCGGGUGCACCGUGCUAGCCCCAGGCAGGGCAAGGGCAGGUGCAGGGCCAUGGCCAGCCACGUGGACCUGCUAACGGAGCUGCAGCUGCUGGAGAAGGUACCUACGCUUGAGCGCCUGCGCGCAGCCCAGAAGCGCCGGGCACAGCAACUGAAGAAGUGGGCGCAGUAUGAACAGGACCUGCUUCAUCGGAAGCGCAAGCACGAGCGGAAGCGCAGCACGGGUGGCCGUCGCAAGAAGGUGUCCUUUGAGGCCAGUGUGGCACUGCUCGAGGCCUCACUGAGGAACGACGCCGAAGAAGUACGCUACUUCCUGAAGAACAAGGUCAGCCCUGAUCUGUGUAAUGAGGAUGGACUCACAGCCUUGCACCAGUGCUGCAUUGACAACUUUGAAGAAAUCGUCAAGCUGUUGCUUUCCCACGGUGCCAAUGUGAACGCCAAGGACAAUGAGCUGUGGACACCCCUGCACGCUGCAGCUACCUGCGGCCACAUCAACCUGGUGAAGAUCCUCGUCCAGUAUGGGGCUGACUUGCUUGCUGUCAACUCUGAUGGGAACAUGCCAUAUGACCUCUGCGAGGAUGAACCCACCCUGGAUGUCAUUGAGACCUGCAUGGCAUACCAAGGCAUCACCCAGGAGAAAAUCAAUGAGAUGCGGGCAGCCCCCGAGCAGAAGAUGAUUUCGGACAUCCACUGCAUGAUUGCGGCGGGCCAGGAUCUUGACUGGAUAGAUGCCCAAGGAGCCACACUGCUACACAUAGCUGGAGCCCAUGGGUACCUGCGGGCAGCUGAACUCCUCCUGGACCACGGAGUGCGUGUGGAUGUGAAGGAUUGGGAUGGCUGGGAGCCUCUGCAUGCAGCAGCCUUCUGGGGACAGAUGCCAAUGGCAGAGCUGUUAGUGUCGCAUGGAGCUAGUCUCAGUGCCAGGACAUCCAUGGAUGAGAUGCCAAUAGACUUGUGUGAGGAGGAGGAGUUCAAGGUCCUGCUGUUGGAGCUUAAACACAAGCAUGAUGUGAUCAUGAAGUCCCAGCUGAGGCACAAGUCAUCCCUGAGCCGGAGGACAUCCAGUGCAGGCAGCCGUGGGAAGGUGGUGCGUAGAGCCAGCCUGUCAGACAGAACCAACCUGUAUCGGAAAGAGUAUGAAGGAGAGGCCAUCUUGUGGCAGCAGCGGAGUGCAGCAGAGGACCAGCGUACCUCCACCUACAACGGAGACAUCAGGGAGACCAGGACAGACCAAGAGAACAAGGACCCGAACCCCAGGCUGGAGAAGCCAGUGUUGCUCUCAGAAUUCUCUACCAAGAUCUCUCGGGGAGAACUGGAUGGGCCUGUGGAGAAUGGCCUCCGGGCUCCUGUCAGCACCUACCAGUAUGCACUGGCCAACGGGGACAUAUGGAAGAUGCACGAGAUGCCUGAUUACAGCAUGGCCUAUGGCAACCCCAGUGUGGCUGAUGUCCCCCCACCCUGGAGUGGCUUCAAGGAGCAGAGCCCCCAAACGCUCCUGGAGCUGAAGAGGCAGCGGGCUGCAGCCAAGCUGCUCAGCCACCCUUUCUUAAGCACCCACCUGGGCAGCAGUGUGGCCAGGUCAGGAGAGAGCAGCAGCGAAGGCAAGGCCCCCUUGAUUGGAGGCAGAACUUCCCCCUACAGCAGCAACGGGACCUCCGUGUAUUACACGGUCACCAGCGGAGACCCCCCGCUCUUGAAGUUCAAGGCCCCCAUGGAGGAGAUGGAGGAGAAAGUCCAUGGCUGCUGCCGGAUCUCCUAGUGUCUGUGAGCUGGAGGAGACAGCCGCCUCGGAGAGGGGCCCCUGGACUCCAAGCCGCCCUGGCUGGGGAGGUGUCAGAGGGCAUCCAGGGAGAGGGGGGGCUGCUUUGCAGAGGAAUGCUGACCUUACCUCAUGCCCAGCUGCCCAUAGCAUCCCUAUUCCCCUCAUGCUGCUUUCUUGCCUCAAUGCCUGCAUCUGAAGCAUAGCAGCCCCAACUCACUCCGCAGUCUGAUUCAGAAAGGGUAGGCUUGGGAAUGUCAGUUCCGUACUUUGUAAAGGCUUCUUGGGACCAGGACUAACACUCACUUCCCUACACACACACACACACACACACACACACACACACACGCACACUCACUUACUUCAGUGUGUGGGAAUGUUAUACCUGAGCUCUUGGUGAGGCUGAGAACUUAUAGAUUAUUCCUGAAAGAAUGAAUCCAAGACAGUUUUGGCAUUCCAAUUGGCUUCCACGGGGGACAGACCUGCUCAGCUGAGACCCACAGUUCUGUUUAGAGUCCUACCAGCCUGGGACACCAUCCACACCUAGCAGGGACAGGAAGUCCUCUGUGUUCAUGGGAGCCAGGAAUCCAUAUGGAUCAGAUCAGUGGGUCCAGGCCUGCUCCCAACUGCCUCUCACACGUGUCAAUAGGCAGCUGUGUGACUGUCCAAGGGUCUAGCCUGAAAACCAGGCCAUCCACUCUCAGAAGAAACUAAAUCUUGUGUUGGUCUUCUAUGGGAGCACAGGAGCUGGGUAGGGUGCUGCACAUCACAUUGUUAUUUUCCAAACUGCAUUUGGGUAAAGCAUUCUCUGCAGCUGUAAAGUUCCAGGUGGGAGGUAACUGAAUUUGCUGUCUCCCAAGAUAGCACCACGAUUGGGAUUUAUUGUCUGGUGUUUGAAAAAUGAAUUUCACCAGGAGCUUCUGUGGGGAGUCUCCCAGGGAAAGAGUGAGUGCAUUGCUUGCUGAAGAUACCCUGGUUAACACUGUUGUAACACAACACCCUAGCUUUUGUGGUUUCCAGGCUGUUUUGGUCCAGCCCAUCUCAGCCAGCCCUUCUCGGUCUAAGCCGCCACAGCGAGCAGUUGAAGCUGGCCUGCACACCACCCUCCCACCUUACUCAGUCGAGCGUGCAGAGUGAAUGAAUGCUCAGGCCCAUGCCCUUCCAAGCUUUGCCUUUUCUGCAACGCUAUGUAAGACGUGUUUGCCAGGGAUCACUUGUUGGCUCCUGCCAGGAGGUCUCAACAUUCCUAGCCUGCUUCAGAGUGAGAUGGCCAUGAGCACCAUCUCGUGCGGCGGCAUUCAGGAGAGGGGUGGUGUGACUGGAGCUGGCUCUCAGCUGUACAGCUUUGCUGCCCUAGUCUUCCUGCCGCUGGGGAAGGAAGCCCAUACCACUUCACCAUCACAUUCUCCCACAAACCCGUAGAAAUCGUGCAGCAGAGCUUUGGCCCGACACACUGGCUCCACCAAAAUCUUCUGGUGUAACUAGCAAGCUACAAGUUCGUUCCUUGCUCUGUGCUCCUUUUAUUUGUCCUUAAACUACCUCCUUAUAGCCCCGAGAGGGUCCCUAAGUCUCGAUUCGGAUGUAAGGGACAGAUACCCAUAUUGUCAUGGUCCCUUGUGCCACAACCUUAGUAGUGAGGCUUGCCAGUAGCUGGUCUCUGUCCCCACUGUGGCCUUGGGACUUCAAUAGACUAGAUAUUAAUCAGGGCCUGCCUAGGUGGGGGUGUUGCUUUGUCAGGAUCAGGAAUGUGGACCAGAGAGUGCCCUGGAGGACACUGGAUGCAGAAGAAGGUGCACAAUACUAGGUCACCCCCACCCCGACUCCAGGACAAAUGCAGUCUGGCAUGGUGGGGCAGCACAGCAGACCAAGUCAGUUUCUUGAAUCCCUGGGGCCUUAGCUAGGUUCUGCAGUCCAUGGCUGAAAGGGGGAUGGGCAAAACACACACCUGUGGCUUUAAACCAGUAUUUGGCUCUGACGGACACUGAAAUGCCUCUGGAGCUGACUUUAGCCACAGGGUGGGCAGUGCCCAGGCAACCAGCCACAUACUCUUAGGAGUCAGCUGCCCAGGGUUUCCCAGGUCUUUGCUCAGGGGCCAGAGAGUGAAGGCAUUUGUUGCCCUCUCUGAGCCAUUCAGGCCAUUCCUCCUCCACCCCCAGCACUUCUUUCUGCCUCCUAGGCCAUUCCUGUCUACCUGAGGGAUGGGAAACUUAGCUGUCUCUUCCAUGGGAGCUAGCCUCAAACAGUGUGGACUCAUGGGCCUUUGUUCAUGUUUUCCACCAGGGAUAAACACAUGUUCCCGGUUUGGGCUCCAAGUCCUCAGGGCACUUUCCCUGUGACUCUUUGGAGCCACAAUGAGGUAUAAGCUCCAGUGCAUGAGCCAGGGCCACCUACUCAUUCACCCAUGUAACCUAUUGAGGUGCUGAGACACACCAGACAUGGUGGUAGUGUCUGCAGAUAAUGGACCAGCCAGGUAGUGAGGACUUUGGUGUAGGCAUCCCCAGACUCAUCCAUUAUUCUGAUCAGAGUUCCUGCAGUGAACCUAUGCUUUGCAGCUCCUGCAGUUCUUAAUGUGAACCUUUUAGCCGGGGUGCAGCUUGAUGAACACACUGAGAUAACAUCUGCCACUAAGUGCAGAUACUAGAUCUUGGGUCCCAGGCAGACACCACACCAGUCCAUCUAGAGCCUUCAGAGGUAGCCUUCAGGCCAGCAUCCUUGGAGAACAAUAUAACAGCAGGCUGAGGUCAGUGUCUGAAAGAAUUAGAAGUCUGCAAAUUGCUGUCAAAUGCAUCCCUAGCAUUUAUAGUUAUCUCUCACAAAUUUUUGCUCAUGAAUUAUACAUUCUUCUCUCUUAACCCACCGAUGGGUAUUGGAAGUGAGAACAACUACUCCUCUACAUAGCAAACCUUUCUUUGUAUGUCAGCCUCUCUCCCUGGAAGGUGUGGAUUCAGGGGAUAGUGGAAGCUUAGCAAGGUUGACCAGAUGUCCCACUUCUACCAGGAACCUGUGUUUUGGUAGCCAUUCUUGGCAAACUGAAGACAUCUAUUUUCAAACCAGGUGCCCUGUAAUCCCCUGUGAGCCAUGCUCCUUGCACCCACCUUAUGCUCUAUAAACAACUAGAAAUUGGUAGCUAUCACCAGAUUGUGAAUUUCUGGCCAGUAGCUCAGGGAAUUUGAAUGAAUUGUAAGCCAGGUCCACUGAAGACUUUGGGGAUAUAAUUCUUUAUCAAAUAUUCAGCAUUAAUGAAGCUUCUCUGCACUGUUUGAUGAACUUUUAGAUGCUUGGAAAGGUUGCAAGAGUGUGGCACCCAGACGGACAUAGUGACACACACCUUUAAUCCCAGCGCUAGGGAGGCAAAAGCAGGAAGUGUAUUUCUGAGUUCAAGGCCAGCCUGGUCUGUACAGUGAGUUCCAGGCCAGUCAGGGCUAUACAGAGAAACCCUGUCUCAAAAAAACAAAUAAAUAAAAACAAAAUAUGGUCCUCUAGUUGGCCUAGCACAGUCUAGCUUUGCAACAGUGUGAGACUUUUGCUUCUUAGUGUCUGAUACUCUUUGGUCCUGAGCUUUCUCUCCUACCUGCUCUCCCAAAGCAGGGUACCAGGAUGCUUUCCAGAGGGGUCAUCCUUAUGUGAUACCAGGACUGUGUAAAAGCUCAUUAUUUGUAUCUGGUGAUAGCCUCCUCUUCCCAGGGCACAGAAAAGCCAAGGGUUACAUGCCAGGGGACAACUCCACUGAAGUGACCCACCACAUUCCUAGAAAGCCCUUAGGCAUCUCCUCCGCAGGAGUCCCUUAUUGUUCAAAGGGCCUGCUUCUUGUGUGGACACUUUGAAGUGCCACUGUGCGGGGCCUGGCUCUGCACACCCAGGAAAAGUCUGCAGACCCCAGCCCUCCGCAAUAACUCACCAGACCAGAAGCCACUGAUGUACAGAGAACACUUAUGGAAAAAAAUGUAUUUUAUGUGAAAAAAGUUAAAACUCUGUAUACUGUAUCAGCAGCUUUGUGUAAAAAUGGCAAUCAAAAGAGUCUAAUAUAUUUAAAACUUUUUUUAAAAAAAAUUCUCAUGGAUCUUUGAUAUUGUAUUGAAGUAGCUCCAUGCCUCCAAGAUGGGGUCUGACCACAUCCCCAAGGAGCCCGUGCCCCUGGAGUUACUUCCAGCUGCCAAGGCCUGUGACGGAAUUCGCUGUUAUGGAUUUUUAAUUAAGAUUAUUAAAUUCCUUUUAAUAACA